AGAGGAGCUGCUGAAAGGAGGUGGCGAAGGAGGAGCUGGAGCAGCUGGUGCCAGCCCGCGGGCACCGGAGUCCAGCCGGCUGCAGCAGAAGUAGCCACGGGCGCGAUCGGGGCCAGGCGUCUUCUCCUCCAUGAUCACUUUGGGAGCCGGGGGAAGACUUUGCCCGGCCGCGCGAGCUGGUCUGCGUUUCCCAGGCGCGGCGGAGGCAGUGGCGGCGGAGCUGCAGCAGCCAGCUCCGGCUCCAAGCAUCCACAGCCCCGGGCGUGUGCGCCCCGCGCAGAGCGGGCUCGAGCUCCCGGCGGAAUGUCCCCGGGGCGUCCGGCGCGCUGACCCCCUAGCCGCCUCCGCCUUCAUUGCCUGCUGCCUCUCUCGGGCCAGUUCGGCGUUUGGGACUACUAGCACCCCGAUUCCUGGGCAGUGGGGAAGCCACCGGGGGUGGGUGACCUCAGCUGGCCACGACCCAGCCCUCCCCCGUGCGUAUCUCGCUUAAGAUGGCAGCGGAGUCAGGGGAACUAAUCGGGUCUUGUGAGUUCAUGAAAGAUCGGUUAUAUUUUGCUACUUUAAGGAAUAGACCAAAAAGCACAGUAAAUACCCACUAUUUCUCCGUCGAUGAGGAGCUGGUCUAUGAAAAUUUCUAUGCAGAUUUUGGACCUCUGAACUUGGCAAUGGUGUAUAGGUACUGUUGUAAACUUAACAAGAAACUAAAAUCAUACAGUUUAUCAAGAAAGAAAAUAGUGCACUACACCUGUUUUGAUCAACGGAAAAGAGCAAACGCAGCAUUUUUGAUAGGUGCUUAUGCUGUAAUCUAUUUAAAGAAGACUCCAGAAGAAGCCUACAGACUACUCCUAUCUGGCUCAAAUCCCCCUUAUCUUCCAUUCAGGGAUGCUUCCUUUGGAUAUUGUACUUACAAUCUUACCAUCCUCGACUGUUUGCAGGGAAUCAGAAAGGGAUUACAACAUGGAUUUUUUGACUUUGAGUCAUUUGAUGUGGAUGAAUAUGAACAUUAUGAGCGAGUUGAAAAUGGUGACUUCAACUGGAUUGUUCCAGGAAAAUUUUUAGCAUUUAGUGGACCACAUCCAAAAAGCAAAAUUGAAAAUGGUUAUCCCCUUCACGCUCCAGAAGCUUACUUUCCCUAUUUCAAAAAGCAUAAUGUGACUGCAGUCGUGAGGCUUAAUAAAAAGAUUUACGAGGCGAAGCGCUUCACCGAUGCUGGCUUCGAGCACUAUGACCUGUUCUUCAUAGAUGGCAGCACACCAAGUGAUAACAUCGUGCGGAGGUUCCUGAACAUAUGUGAGAACACGGAUGGGGCAAUCGCCGUCCACUGCAAAGCUGGUCUUGGAAGAACAGGGACAUUGAUCGCCUGUUAUGUAAUGAAACACUACAGGUUUACGCAUGCUGAAAUCAUUGCUUGGAUCAGAAUAUGCCGGCCAGGCUCCAUUAUAGGACCCCAGCAGCACUUCCUGGAAGAAAAACAAGCAUCAUUGUGGGUCCAAGGAGACAUUUUCCGGUCCAAACUGAAAAACAGACCAUCCAGUGAAGGAAGUAUUAACAAAAUUCUUUCUAGCUUGGAUGACAUGUCUAUUGGUGGAAACUUAUCUAAAAUACAAAACAUGGAGCGAUUUGGAGAGAAUAAUUUAGAAGAGGAUGAAGAUGUGGAAAUGAAGAAUGGUAUAACCCAGGGAGACAAACUACGUGCCUUAAAAAGUCAGAGACAGCCACGCUCCUCACCAUCCUGUGCAUUUAGGUUGGAUGAUACAAAAGGGCAGCCAAGAUCAGCAUCGCAGCCGUUCAGAUUGAAUUCUUCACAAGUAUCUGCAGCUUCUCUGAAGAUCUCGAAAGGGUCUUUGUCCCCUUCAGCAACUGCCAAGAGGAUAAACAGAGGUUCUUUGUCCUCAGGAGCCAGUGUAAGGAGCUUUUCCAUAAACUCACGGCUAGCCAGUUCUCUAGGGAACUUGAAUGCUGCAACAGAUGAUCCAGAGAACAAAAAGACCUCACCAUCCUCUAAGCCAGGUUUCAUAGCCAACCCGUUCACCAACCUCUUGAAUGGCAGCCUCCAGCCGACUGCCAGAAAUUACCCUGAACUCAACAACAACCAAUACAACAGAAGCAGCAGCAGUGGGAGCAACCUGAACAACCAUCCCAGUCCCCACAGCGCCAAGACAGAGGAACAUGGCACCACCCCCCGACCCUCAUACACCGGGCUUUCUUCUUCUUCAGCGAGAUUCCUGAGCCGUUCAAUCCCCUCCCUUCAGUCUGAAUAUGUUCAUUACUAAGGCCUUGCCACUCCGGUGAAAGCUGUUCCACCCUUAGAAACAAUGUCUUCAUCUGGACGAGCAAUGUAGAGGGAAAGCAACUGCUCACUGGGAGCAUAUCUCUGCCUUCCUGGGAAUAUGGGAAAGAAAACCAUAUUGACAAUUCAAAGAAAGCACUAAGAUAAGACCUUCAAGAGACUUGAAACCAGAACAUCCUGGUUAAUGACCUCUGUAAACGCACUGAAACUAUGCUUACGGAGAUGUCACGGAUUUUUAAGACAGUUUUAAUGUUGCAUUGAGUAUUUUUGAAAGGUUAUUUUAUGUACUUCUGGAAUACAUUUGCUAUUACAUUUACAUGUACAGUGUUACAUUAUGUAUGUAUUAUCAACUUUAAAAGACUAUUUUGGAUAAAUUUAUAAAUAUAUAAAAUGAUGUAAAAACUAGACUAUAUUUUGUUUUAGAUUUUCCUGCUGUUUGCUACCAAAAUUUUGUAUUUUGAAUUUGUUUUUAGGCUUGUUUUUUCCUACUAUGAAUAUAUAAUUUCUUCUUAAAAAGAAAAAAGUAAGGGGGAGAGAGGUUUUAGAAAGGGAUUUUUAGGUUUCUACGAUGAAUAUUGCAAAUCAGUUCAUUCUUUGGGAAAGUUAGUGUGAUUUAAUGAGUUUGUCUGAGUUUAUCUCCAGCAAGAGUGUAAUUGUGUGAUAGGGUUUAUUUAGACCAUUUCUUUCCCUUUGUUUUUGUUGCUGAGCCAUUUAAAUUCGUUCUGCAGCCUUGGGGACUUCUGAAAAAUAUUAACACCUAGUUGAAGACCAAAAUUCAUUGAAUGUUCUUCCAGAAAGCAUGGUUUUUUUGUCUAUGAAGUGACACAACAUUCCAAGUACUUUUAUUUCCUUCCUCCUUCUUUGCCCAAUUAGAAUCUUCUGUUUUUGGUACGAGAUUGUUGUUGUUUAUAAGCACAUAUGGUCUGAUACCAGUUUUAAAUCAAUGAAGAGGAAAUAACUGAAAAAGAUGCUGCAAAGUAGUUCUCUGUAUCAAAGGAGAUUUUUUUUUUUUUUAAACACAAGAGUACAAACCCCUGACGCACAUACUAGCAUAUCAGGAACCUGACGGAAAAUGAAGGGACCCUUUAUAGGUACUCACAGCUCUUUUAUGUAAGUAUAAUCUCACAGUCAAGCCUUUGAAAGCUGCAGGCUUUAUUUCUAUGGGGAGUUGGGGAGCCUUAGAUCCUGAUUCUUUUCUAGGCUGCUGAAAAAUGGACUACUCAGAGACAUUGAAAAUGCUAGUAAAGUGGAUUCAUAUGAAGUACUUUAUGUCCAACCAUAGAAUUAUUAGUAAUGUAUUUAUUAGGAGAGGGUACCUUGAGACGACUUUCUAGGUUUCAGCAAAAUAUCUUAUUCAUGUUUUACAUUUUAAAAAAGGCAUUUGAAUGAAUGUUUGACUCAGGUCCAUUAAUUUAACCUUCAGUAACCGCAGUACCAAAUAAUUGCACUAAACUGUUGAAAAAUGAAUUGUAUGUCUUAAGAGUAAAACAAUUAAAAUUAAAAUUAAAUAGUAAACUAUUUUAUUAUGGAUUAUUAUAAAGAUUGAUUGUAUAGGAAGAUGAUAGUAUUUUUUUUAAAAAUUUUAUCAGUGGAAAUUAAUUCAGAUGACAUUUGGAAAAGUAGGGAGAAGACCAUAUUGACAGUUUCAGUUCUGUGAACACUAAUUUGUGUGCAGCUAUUAAAAUGAUUGUAAAAUUAACUGCUGUAAAUUCUUUAUAAUUAUAUAUGUAUAUAAGUCAUAUGUAUCUACAUGUGUAUGUCUUAAAAUUAUUUAUACACAUGUACAUACAUAGACACACCAAGAAGUGUAUGUAUAUAAUAUAGAAAGUAUAUAGCAAAGUAAUUCUACUCCAGUAAUAAAAAUUGUUUGACAUGUAUUUUGUUAUGAAUAGUUUACCUUCCAAAAGAUAUUUUGUUUUAUUUUAAAGUGUAGAAGAAUACACUGCUAAUAAAUAAUAAAAGUUUUAUGCAAUUUA